CUCCCUCUCUCAUUCACUCACUCACUUUAGGCCAAUCCGUCCUCUUUCUCUCUGUGUGUGUCUCUCUCCUACUCUGAGACAGAGUCAGAACUCUUCUCCCUGACAGCCACAAACAUCUACAGCACUUACUGCAUUCAGAGGGGGAACCUGCAAACAAAACUUCACAGAAAACUUUCUAUUCUUGUUCCAGAGAAUUUGCUGAAGAGGCGAGGGGAAAAAACAAACAUACAAACAAACAACAAAAAACCUGUGUGUGAAGAGAGAGGAAAAGCAGGGCCUUUUAAAAAGGGAAUCACAACAACUUUUGCUGCCAGGAUGCCUUUGCUUUUGAAGAGAGGAUUUUUGUUGGUGCUUUGCUGGAUUAUAGCGAGGAGUUCUCCAACCCCAGGGAAUGAGGGGCACAGUUCAGUUACUGACUGCCCAUCGUGUGCCCUUGCCACUCUCUCAAAGGAUGUGCCAAGCUCACAGCCUGAGAUGGUGGAAGCAGUAAAGAAGCACAUACUGAACAUGUUGCACUUGAGGGACAGACCUAACAUCACCCAGCCGGUGCCCAAGGCAGCACUUUUAAACGCCAUAAAAAAACUCCACGUAGGAAAGGUGGGAGAGGAUGGCUAUGUGGAAAUAGAGGAUGACAUUGGAAGAAGAGCAGAAAUGAAUGAACUUGUAGAGCAAACUUCAGAAAUCAUCACAUUUGCAGAAUCAGGCUCGGCUAAAAAAAUGCUGCACUUUGAGAUUUCCAAGGAAGGCAGUGACCUCUCGGUAGUGCAGCGUGCUGAAGUGUGGCUCUUCUUGAAAGUCUCCAAGGCCAACCGAAGCAGAACAAAAGUGACCAUCCGACUGUACCAACAGCAGAGACAGCCCAAAGGCAAAUCUGAAGGGGCAGAAGAAAUGGAGGACGGAGGGCUGAAGGGUGAUAAAAGUGAGACUCUCAUCUCUGAAAAGGCGGUGGACACCCGUAAAAGUACCUGGCACAUCUUUCCUGUCUCCAGUAGUGUGCAAUACCUGUUGGACCAAGGCAAGAGCUCCCUUGAUGUGCGGAUUGCCUGUGACCUAUGCCAGGAGACUGGAGCCAGCCUGGUGCUGCUGGGCAAGAAGAAGAAAAAAGAAGAUGAUGGGGAAGCGAAAGAGAAGGAAGUUGGAGAAUCCACAGUAGAAGAGGAGAAAGAGCAGUCACACAGACCUUUCCUAGUGAUGCUUGCCCGGCAUUCAGAUGACCGCCUGCACAGACGACGAAGACGGGGCCUGGAGUGUGACGGCAAGGUCAACAUCUGCUGCAAGAAGCAGUUCUUCGUCAGCUUCAAGGACAUUGGAUGGAGUGACUGGAUCAUUGCUCCCACAGGUUACCAUGCCAACUACUGUGAAGGUGAGUGCCCCAGCCACAUAGCAGGCACAUCUGGUUCAUCAUUAUCCUUCCACUCCACGGUCAUCAACCAUUACCGCAUGAGGGGCCACAGCCCCUUCUCCAACCUCAAGUCAUGUUGUGUGCCCACCAAGCUACGACCAAUGUCCAUGCUAUACUAUGACGAUGGACAGAACAUCAUCAAGAAGGACAUUCAGAAUAUGAUUGUGGAGGAGUGUGGCUGCUCAUAGACACACACUCACACCAAGGGCCUGCUGUCUGUGUGGAAAAUUGAAAAGAAGCUGCAGUAGAGGAAAGACCCGACUAUGGUUUAAUCUUUCCAAAUGAAACAAUUAAAAAAAAAAAGACAACACAUGGAGUUCAAAAAGACUAAAGACAGACAAAGGAAGAAAAAGAGCGCAUAAACAAACAGGGCUUGAAUGAGAAAUUUUUUGAAUAGCAGUGUGGGGAGGGGGAUUCCCCUUCCUUUCAAUAUGUUCCAUAUUUUAUUAUAUAGUAUGUUAAACAUUAUUCGUUACAAGGAGAAUUGUGUUUCCUCUCCUAGUUACCCAUCAGUUCAAGCCCUGGUAGCAGCUUGCCUAACCUGCAGCAGUUUGGACUCUGAGUCCAAAAUGGCAUUGAAAUUCUUAGAAAAGCCAUGUGUAUGAACACUACAUUCACUGGCACUUUCCCCUCUCCCCUCCCCCCAAUUUACCAAGGACAUAAUGAGAGUGUAUGUACCAUAUGUGUGUGUGUAUGUGUGUGUGUGUAUAUAUAUAUAUAUAUAUAUGCCUGUGUGUGCACGUGUGUUACACGAGCACACACACAAAUACACACAUACAUACGCGCACACACACACAAAUAUACACAUACGUACACUUACUUAUGUUGGUAAAGGGACAAUAUUGCGCAGGUGUUCACACCUUCAUCUUCUGCACUACAUUUGCAAAAAAAAACCCACAAAAAAAAACAACAACAAAAAAGAAGAAAAAAAUGAAAAAGAAUGAAAGAAAGAAUACAAAGUUACAUUUCGUUAAGGUGCUUACAACAUUAGAACUAUGCAACCUGGUUGGUUUGAAACUGUUUACCUGAGAGAGAAAGGAAAAAAAAAAAAAAACAAAAAAACAGAAAGACUUUAUUUAAUGGAAGUAACUUUUUUUUUGUUUCAAUGAGAGAUACUUGAAAGGAACAUGUUUGUCCAGUUACUGGAGCCGAACAUUUCUAUAUUUUGUAAAAAAAAAUUUUUUAAUCGUUUACUAUUUGCACUACAAUGGUGUUUGACCUGUCUAAUCUUUAUUUAACAAGUAUAUUCGAGGGAGGUUGAUUGGGAGUAGGAGGGGUUGAGAGCUGCACUUAUUGUGGGCUAUACAAGAACUGCUACAGCACACAAAAUAGUUAUUUAUAUUAUAAUAAUUAUUAUUAUUUUGUACCUUAAAAAGAAUAGACACAUACACCAAAGACAUUUAUGUGAGCCUCUAAACAGUCUGUUUGUGGUUGGUACCGGUCAUAAGUAACAAGUCAGGGUUUAGAUUAAGGGGACAAUUAGGUUGAUUACAUUCAGGCUGAAAUAUUGCCCAAAACAUAACAUUGCGAUCUGGAUUUAGCAGUGGAUUUCAAACCCCUAGAAAGUCCUGGGGUGCUUGGGUCCAAGAUUCUAUUUCAGGCCCAUCUGUGAUAGAAUUGUUACUUCUUUCACAUUCAUGACACUAAGACUUUUUCCUGAUGUACAGCAGCUGUACAUUGUAGGAAAACAACUUCAUACAAGGGGGAUAUAUAUAUAUACGUAUAUAUACACAUGGUAUAAGCACUUCAGGCUUCACCCUAAUGUUCUUAAAGCAAUGAAUUGUUGUGUGCAAAGCACAGUGUAUUAAAAGAUUAUUUUUUAUUGCGUGGAAAGGAACACAUUUAAAACAGUCCCUCGUAACAAGAAAUCUAAAGCUCCAGUGUACCACUUAGCAAGAUCUGAUGUCAUAUUGCAUGCAGCUUUGGGCCCUCCCCACCAUCACCCUGGUAGAACACAGAGCAAAAUGAAAGCUAUGGUAUUAUUUCUAUUUUAAAUACAGUCUUUAACUGGCUGUCUCAACCACCGCUCUCCAGUCUGGCGACUCUUGAUGAGUUUGCGCACUAUAAGACCUAAUUUUCAGUGUCAACACCUAACCUGAAGGGUCCAACCCGUAGGGCAUAGGUAGAUAGGUUUUUAAAAUUCUAUCACUGUCAUAUUUAAAAGAAUGCUGAAGUAAAAACAUUUGUUGUUGGGUAGGGAAAAAGGUUAGAGGGAAUGGGAGAAACCUUAAGGCCUUGUCUACACUGAGUUUGGAAACCAUGAGGCCUGAUGCUGCAAUUUCUUACCCGUGUGAGUAAAGGUUUGCAGGACCAAGCCCCCAUGUUAGCAACAUCCUAGUGAGCUGUGCUUAAAAAAACACUUCUUGCUAGAAAAGCAUGAAUAUGGUUCCCCAUCUUGGCGAUAGCACGGUUUGUAAAAAAACAGUUUUAUAGCACAAUUAAGCCCUGUCGACAUUGGCCAGGGAUACAGUGUGUUAGCACCUUUAUGGCAAGAACCGUGUUUAAGCAGUGUAAUCAGGGCCUUCAUUUUUGUCAGCCAAAACUCCGUGUGUGUGUGUGUGUGUGUGUGUGUGUGUGUCCUACGUUUGUAUGAAUCAAUUGAGAUUUAAAAAAAGGAAAAAAAUUCCUCUGUUGAAUAAAUAUCAACGUAUGUGCUUAUAGCUAAGUUUUCUAUCUAAUUUAUUCCAUAGUAUUUAGAUUGCAUAGUACAGCUAAUGGGUUAUACAUUUAUGUACUUUUUAUACAAUGCAUUUUUUACAGACUUGUUUGCAGUUUGACAAAAAAAAAAAAAACUUUGUAAAAAUUGUAACAAUUAGGUAAACACUAAAUUUGUCACUAAA